AUGGGGAGGAGUACGGAAAGUGAAUAUAGUUUCAUCUGUUCUAAUGCAUUAGAAAUCCGUUUCGACUAUACUGAAAUCCGGUUCAACACACUGGAGCGUCAGCUAUAUCAUCGUCUGGUGAUCGAUAUGCACAAGUUUACUUUCAUAUCGAAAGUAAUGAUUGGAUUUUGGGUCUUACUCGAAGAACAAGGAUUUUACUAUGUCAUUAGAAAUAUAUUGGGCAGUGAUAAUUCAACUCUGGAAGCAGUUUUCACCGAAUCCGCUAUAUGUUUUUCUUUUAUGGCCUUUACUUGGGGUUCACAACAAAUGAAUAACGGGGAUGAACCAUUUCUAGCGCAAGUAAUCGAUAAACCCCCAAAACGUAAGUUCUUUUACAUUUACCGUGAAUUCUUGUUGCGUCGCCUGGAUAUUAUUAUGAAUCAUGUCAUUUCUGCAAUAUUUGACGAAAUCGUCACGGAAGAAUUGGAGAAUUCCAUGGUUCAUUGUCAAAAAUGCAACCAAGGUGGAUUUCCUAAAUCUGCUCAACUUGCACCUUGUCCAUAUUUAUGGCCCAUCAAUCCAUUAGCAAAUCCGCAUGGAACGGGCGAGCAGUGUGCAUCUUCUAAGAAUAAGAGAUCCAUGUUCUGUACAUUCUCCAAGGGAUAUCCAUUGAAGCGCAUGGAAAUAAUUGAUUUCUUUAACUCGGUUUGGGGUCCUGUGGUUGAAAACGUUGUGUUAGAACAUUCCCCCCGUGGAGGCAACCCUGAGUUCUGUCGCAUUAUAUUUAAACAUGUCUCAGUUAUUUCAAGCAUACUUAAUGGUGAGACGAAGGCCAAGUUUAUCGUGAAUGGAAAAGACCUAUGGGUUCGAUUAUAUGUGUAG